ACUAGUGCAGUCAGUGCAGUUAAGAAAAAAACCGGCCCGAGAACAGACCCAUGGUCGAAGGGGGACUUAACCUAAAAGACUCUUCCUCUUCGAAAGGGAAAACAGAUAGCUACGAAACGCGGAAACGGGGGCUCCGACUCUUCGAGUGACAAGAGUGACAGGGUAACGAGUGUCGUACCGCGUUGCGAUCCGAGACCAUGUACGCGGCGAGCGCGCGCGCCGGUGUUGCCCGCGUGUUCCACGCGCGCCGGGGGCUGCACGGCAACGCGGAAUCGGUCGAGGCGUGCACGGAAAUCGUGAACCGAAAUCCGCGAAACUUGGAGCGGCUGAGGAUAGCGAGGAAACCCAUGGGUUAUUACCUCAACAAAUCCGGGCACACGUACUGGCACAAGUUGUUCCUUGUUAAGAAACCGCGCUACAUCACCGCGGAAGUCCGCCACUUCGAGAACGGACCCGUCGUCACAGCCUCCAGUGGGGAAUGGGCGCUGAAGAGGCAGUUAUAUCGAUGCGGUGACAUCUCAGCUUACAUUAAUGUGGGACGAGUGUUGGCUCGGCGUUGCCUGGAGGCUGGGAUCUGCGAAAUGAAGGUUGACCCUGAGUUAACUGGAGACAAAUGUGAAUUGUUGCUCGAAGAAUUGAGAAAAGGUAAUAUCAUUCUGAGCGAACCAUUGGUGUACAGGUUUCCGACUUGUUGGUCCAAGCACUGGCCGGAAAAGCCGUGGGAGAUCCACGAAUAAUCUGCUUUGUCUCCUAUAUAGCGAUGUGCGAACGGACUAUAAAGUGUAGAGUGCGCGUCGUGCUUUUCCGUGGAAACCGAAUAAGGUGAAACUCAGUGGUCGAUAUAAGAUAUUUUAUUAUCUUAGCGUCUAUCCACUGUGAAAUGCCGAAUUUUGUACAUUACAGUAUCUAGGAGUAAAAAUAAAUAAUUGUAUCGCUGUUAAAUAAAUGCCUAGACUAUUAGAGAUGUAAUGCUGUUACUUAAAAGCUACAUCGUACCUAAGGCAAGUACAUUCCAUCAGACAUGGUCUGCGAUGCAAGUGGAAUGUUGUUACGUGACUCUUAUCAUAAUGACUGUAAUAGAAAAUUUAAGUUAAGUAUAUGUACAUGUACAGAUUGAUACAGAAAUGAUUCUGAAAAUUGAUAAAUUUGUUUAGUGAUGAGUAGCGGUACAUGUACCGGUUUACUGAUAUACAAACUCGGUCUACAACUCGAGAUAUUCCCGUGUCAUUCUGUACAUGUGAAUUAAAAAAAUAA